CGCCCGCACCCGCGGGGGGCUGCGCUUCCCGGCUGCGAUAUUAUAGAUAUAUAUAGAUAAAAAUUUAUUUUAUUUUAUUUUUUACGUUUUCCCUGCUCCUCUCGCUUUCCCGAGGCAGGACGGGGUUUGUAGCCUUGCGGGCGGGCGUGCUGCCGCCCCCCCCUGCCCCGGGCGGGCGAAGUUGGGGGCGAGCGGGAGGGAGAGAUGCCUCUGAUGAGAGGGAAAGUCGCGCUCAUCCUCGGCUUCGUCCUUCUGACAACUUUCCUGGCCGCGGUGCGAGGGCUGCCCGUGAGGAAACAGCACAGCAGCAGCCCCAAGGAGAGGAGCUCCAAGCUGGCGGAGGUCUCUGCCUCGCCUGAUCCCCGUUCAGCGAGGGACGAGGAGCUGCCACCAUCGGGCAAGGCACGGGGGCUGAGACGGAGCGGGCAGGCUGGCCCACGGCGGCACCGGCGCCGUGGAGUGGCUCAGCAGGCUGCCAGGAGCCCAGCGGUGCCCCAACCUGGUGGCGCUGGCCGGGAGGACAACCUGCCCUUUGUGCUGGACCUGCAGAGCUUGCCAGGGCUGGCCAACGUGGACCUGAGCGCCCAGAACCCCAACAUCCAGGUGACCAUCGAAGUGGUGGAUGAUCCUCAGGCCGAGAUGGAGAUGGACUUGUUGAAGGAAACAAGCAAUGACUGGUCCCUGACAUCCUCUGAAUGGUUGUCCCACAAGGACCUCUUCUGGCCCCUCUUCUGGGAGUACACCGACCCUGCUGAGGAGGAAGAGGAGGAGGAAGAGGAUGACAACCUGGAUGUAGGGGACAGGGAGGAGGAAGAGGAAGAGGAGGAGGAGGAAGAAGAGGAAGAUUACACAGCAGAGUAUGAGGAAGAGGAGUCCACGCUCAGUGGAGUGGGAGGUGACUGGGAUCAACAGUGGCCCGGGCAGAAGAACUGGAUCUUUAAGGAAAAAUAUAAUUAUGACUAUGAAGAUGAGGAGGAGUGGAGCCCCUGGUCCCCUUGCAGCAUCACCUGUGGCAGUGGCAACCAGAAGAGGACCCGGUCUUGUGGCUAUGCCUGCACAGCGACGGAGUCGAGGACCUGCGACCUGCUGCGCUGCCCUGGAGCAGAGGGGGAAAUGGUCUUCCCCACAGAGGAGACACCUUUCAAAAGCGACAACACCACAGAGCUGUUCAACUCAGAGGUGGACAGCUGUGAGAAGUGGCUGAACUGCAAGAGCGACUUCCUCACCAAGUACCUGAGCAAAGUGCUGACAGACCUGCCCAGCUGCCCCUGCUCCUACCCGCUGGAGGCCGUCUACAGCGCUGUCAACCUGCGGGAUGAGGGACAGGGCAAGAGCUUCCGAUGGCGGGACGCCAGCGGCCCCAAAGAGCGCCUGGACAUCUACAAGCCGACGGCGCGCUUCUGCCUGCGCUCCAUGCUGUCCCUCGACAGCACCACCCUGGCCGCCCAGCACUGCUGCUACGACGAGCACACCCGCCUCAUCACCCGCGGCAAGGGGGCUGGCGUCCCCAACCUCAUCAGCACCGAGUUCUCCCCUGAGCUGCACUACAAGGUGGACAUGCUGCCCUGGAUCCUCUGCAAGGGUGACUGGAGCCGCUACCAUGCCGUCCGGCCCCCUAACAAUGGGCGACGGUGUGCUGACAACCCCGCCGAGGAGGAGUACCUCUCCCAGCUGCAGGAGGCCAAGGAGUACUAGCCACAGCCACACUCAGAGGAGCCAUGGCCACCGCCGGCUCCCAGCCUGGCGAAGCCCCGGCCCUGCUAAUGGGCUCCUUCUGGUGCUGGGCGGAGCGGGGAGGAUGCACCGUCCAUCUUGUCCCCUCAGAGGGGUACGUCAGCCCCCCCUCGGUGUUCCAGGGGUGCCGGAGGUUAUCCCGGUGCAAUCCCUGCUGUGCCACUUGGGGUGGUCCCACACCCCGGGGUGCCUGGGCUGGCGUGUGGGGAGCCACCAGGGAUGGGAGGUGUAAAGGGAGUGGGGGGCUGCUCCCAUCUGCUUAUUGCAGCCUUGAAAGCUGAGCAUCUGCAGGGUGGAAAUGGCCUCGGCUCCUGCUGGCUUCACGCUACAUCUGAGGAGCUGGCCUGCUGCAGGCAGAGCUGCCCGCUCUUGCCUGUUACACCUGCCCUGGCACAUACUGGUCUUCUUCUGAAAGUGGGGAUGGUCCUCCUAGAGAGGGGCAGGGCUGUCCCAGCCAUGCCUACAGAGCAGGGCCUCCCCUCUCCUCCAUGCGUGGUUGGGAAGGAGCAGGGAGAGGCUUAGCAGGGGUCCAGGGGGAGAGUGGGGCAGAAAGAGGCUGGCCCCCUGGGCUCCCCUGGCAAGAUUGCCUUGCCACCAUGGUUUUUGGCUGUGAAAGGGAACACUGGGUGCCAAAGCCAAACAGGGGUGGACCUCAGAGGAGGUCAGCAUCAGAGGGGGGCACCACCUGUGUGCAUUUCAGCCCCUCUGCCUCAGUGCUUGGUGGAGCAGGGUGGCAACACCCAUGCAAGUCCUACCACCAGCCCAACCCUACACUUCAGCUCUCCAGCAGCUCCCCAGCAGGUUUCAGUGCUCGGGAGUACCCGUAACAUGUCCCAGCAGAAAGUCCUGCAUUUCUUACCCACAGCCCUGCUGGGGGCAGGAGGCCACCACUUGUGCCAUCGCUGGAGAGAAGCAAGAAGCACUGAGCCAAGUUCUCCCUGGGGAUGGGAAGUCGUCAAGGUGCCACUGCUAGCACCCAGCAUUACCCCAUUCUGGUCUGCUGCUGGCCUUGGGCCCUGCUCCAUGCUGCAUCUGCCCAGGUCCCCAGCGAGAGGCAGCCCAGAGAAAGUGAGUUGUGGGAGCAUCCUGCACUCCUCAGGCUCGCUGCCUGGCCAGGUGAGCAAGUGUGCUUCCAAAGGAGGAAGACACACACACAUGCUAAUAGUGUCAAUACCUGGUGUCUGCAGUUCAUGGAUCAUGAUGCUCUCCAUUGGCCCUUUGGUCUUGCCUGGGUUUUAUUCAGCUUUUCACAGGUAUCUGUGCCAGUUUCUCCCAGCGUGUUUUGGGAGCUCCCAAGUUUUCUGCACAGAAACUAGGCUGAGCACCUUUAUCCCUGGACAUUCAGUCGCUGAACCUGGCAGAAACUGUUCGUAGCUCUUAUUUAGCAAAUUUUAUGCAUCUGAGGAAAUAAAAGAGCAAGUCAAGCACA